UACAGACUUGCAUUGAGCCGUAAUUGGUGUCAGCAUUUGGUUCACUAUUUUCACAAACCAUUUCAUUUCCACGUGUUUUGCCAUUCAAUGUGUUUUGCAUUCAAUUUCAUUACUAUUUCAUGAUUUAGUUGUUGUACUCAAUCAGCAAAUCAUGAGCCAACUCGUGGUCCUCUUCGAGCACGCGUCCGGUUAUGCGUUAUUCCGGGUGUCGGAGGCCGAAGAGGUGUCGAUGUUUGUGGCGGCCGUCGAGAAGAGCCAAUCGGAUCCAAUCAAAUUC